GCUAUAGGCGGAGACGCAGCAAGAGAGGCAGUUCCGGUGUAAGCCACAGAGCGGCCAGGCUAGGCCGGCUGGAGGACGGAACUCCCGGAAGGGCGCGCUGCUGCUCCCGCGCUGCCCAUCUCCAAGAUGGCGCAGGUUAUCGAAAUUACAAGACGAUAAGAAAGUAGUGAUGGAAUCGUUGGAUACGGGGUCUAAAGCAAAGAAAACUCUUGGAAACGUUGACUAUGUAGAGUCAUCAGAAUUCUCCCAAGGAAUUCUGCCUACAAAUAAGGAUGUCAUUCAGAACAUGUUGUAUCUGUUGCAACCCAAAAGAGCUGGGCAAGCACAACGGUCAAAAGAAGAUGCAGCCCAAUUGCUUGCUGAACUUCUGCAGGAACACUGGUUGUUUUGCAACUUACACACCAUAGCGACAGAAAAUAUAAAGAAGAAUAUUCUCAAAAUGUAUGAGGAAUUCACAAAACUCUAUCAAACCAGAAAGCAGAGACAAAAUCAGUCAUUUACAGAGAAGGCAGACACAUUCAACAGGAGUUCAGAACAGCUCUUUGACAUAUUUUGUACAGACACCGUGAUAAGAAAUGAGCUGGAACAAUACAGUGGUAUAAAAAUGACAGACGUUGAGUGGAAAUUUCUUGAAAACCAAAGAAGUGAGAGAAAAAUGUACCAUAAAGAUUUCAUGGACAAGAAAGAAAUUAAGAUGAUAGAAAGAAGAAAACUACAGUGCCUGGAGCACUUGAGAAAAAUUGCAGAAAAAAAAGAGACAAGUGAAGUCAAAGAAGAGACUUACAAAACUGAUGAGAAAUCAGAUGACAGUAUGAGUGUAAAUAAAUCAUAUGUUGUAGAAGAGGAGGAGGAUGAAGGUGUUCCAGAUUUUUCAUCUAAGAGGAAAAGAAAGCGUCCAUAUUCUACGUGGACUGCCAGCUCAUCAACAUCAGCUGGUGAUAGUAUGCCUCUUGAGUGUCAACGUAUACGUAUGAGCAUCAGGAAAGUUAGGCCUGGGUUCUAUGAGACUGUUGACAAGUUUAAAAACUCCUAGUACACAUCGGUCUCAAGCUGAAGCUACUGUAAUAGAAGUUAGCAACAAGAUGUUUAGGAGAUCUUGAAAUAGCAUGAUCAUUUGGAAGUCACUGAUGUAGAUACUCUAACAACAUUCAGAAACAUCCACCUUGGAGGGAAGAGCAUUGAAGUAAUGAGAUUGGCAGAAACUGUAAAAGAUUAUGAACUCCAAAGGAAAAACCAGUCAUUAACUAAAUGAAGGCUUAGAGAUAACCUCCAGAUCAUCUAUGUAGCAGUACAAGUCUCUUCAUCUAAGGCCCUGUCUGUACUAGACUUUUUUGGAUGAAUGUUCACUAAGGAUACAGUUAAGAGUACCAAAUACUUUCACUUGUCAUCUAAGACAAUAUAUACAAUCUUCAUUUCCAGAAGUGAAAGGCUAAAGUUUUAGCACGAUUCUCUGUUGUCCACAGAGAUAACGUAAUCGCGUUGCAAACAGAACAAGGAAUGGAAGAGUCGUUUCCAUUCUCAGAAGUGAUCUGAUUCAUAAA